AUGUCUGCGCUCGACGAUGCUGGUACCUCUGAAAAGCAAGGGCCACAGACAGAGGUCAAAGAUCCAGAGAACGCCGAUACACUGCUAGAGGCAGAGGAAGAUGAGAAAGAGGACGAGAAUCAAAAGGAGCAAGAGACAGAUGAGCCAAAGACAGAGAAUCCAGAAGAUUUCCCCGGUAAUCCGAAUCACCUCGCCAACCUUGUCAGCAUCAUCCUUGCUGAAGGCUGGGGCGAAGUGAUCAGGUCAGUUGAGCUGCCACCGCUCCAGGAACUGCGAGAAGGUGAGUUGGGAUCACUGGUCCUGGGAGAUUGGAUCCAGCUCAUUUCCCCGACGAUGAGGGACCUCAGCACUACUUCAUGGAGGUGGUGGGAAGAGGUGAUGCAGGGGGCCAUGAUGGCCUACCGUGAGUGGCUUCGUGCAGAACCAGUUCAACGGCUUCACAUCAAGGCGGAGGUGCCCCGGGAGUGCAACACCGUGUGGAGCAGGUUGGAGCAACGAGGACAGCUCAUGCUUCUGAAUGCAGUUCCGGCAUCAAUCCGAUCCGAAAUGCUGGCGAAUAGGGCCUCCAAUUCGGUGGACGUUCUCUAUGCUCUUUUUCGGAGGUACCAGCCUGGAGGGUUGGCGGAGAGAUCUCGACUUCUCCGACAGCUGGUCGAGCCCAAGACACCACAGACAAUGAAUGAGGUGGUGGAGAUGCUCCGUGGCUGGAGGAGGAGCUUGAGGAGAGCUCAAGAGCUGGAGAUUGCGACCCCGGAUGCGACCCUACUGCUUGGGGCAUUGGACAAGAUGUCGGAGUUGGUGGGGAAAACCUCUAACCAAGUGGCCUUCAGGAUGUCAUCAACCAGGGCCACACUGGGAGUCGACGUCACUCCAACUCUGGAGACCGUCCUCAGCUUCUCGGACAUGUUGACGGCUGAGGCGGAAUCACUGGCCAUCAGCGAUGUUCAACCACCCCCGGAAAUCAAGGUCACCAAGGUCAAGGCAAUGACCGCCGUGGCGGAGGAGAAGGCAGAGAAAGGGGUCGGGAAGGCCAGAGCUGAUGGGCGGAGCGAUGAGAAGCCGUGUCGUUUUUGGGGCACUGAUGAGGGGUGCCGGAAAGGUCAAGAUUGCCGCUUCAAACACGACUGGGGUGGAUUGGAAAAGAAGGGGAGAUGCUUUGGAUGUUCGGUAAAUGGUCACUCGAAGAAGGACUGCCCGACCAUGAAGCCAAGGCCGAAGGAGUCGCCAGAGAAGCAGGCUGUGAAAUCCGUCAAGGAGAAGGUCACUGCCAGCCAGGCAAAAGGGGAGGCUAUGGAUGCUGGACCCAAGUCUGGGGGGAGUGAGCCGGUGAACAGCCGAUCCAACGAGGGUGACAAGGGAGCGGGAACCUCUGGAGAGAUGAAGGACCUGCUGAAUGAGGCCACGACGUUGCUGAAGAGUUUGAGGCCAAGUUCAUCGAUGAAGGCCAUCCGGCUGAGCAGUCUCGAGGCGGUCUGGGAGAAGACGAGAUUUGAGCUCACGGACCCUACUGGCCUGGUGUUGGACACGAAGGUGGAGAACUCGUGCCCUACGAUCGAUGAGGCACUGGCCCACGAGUUGAUCCAGGAGAUCGAGCGAAGUAUGGUGAGGGAGAGAGCCCGGUUGGCGCAUCUUGCAGGGGAGGACAUUGGCUUGGAAGUGGACCCCGAGGAGGCGAAGCAUCUGUCCGAGCUGAAGGACCUCUUCCCGCAGGCUGCUCCCGAAGAAGAGCUGGACCGGCGAGGGGUUGCCUUGGAAUAG